GGGUGGGGCAUGUUGUCUUCUGGGGACACCAGUCAAAACCCUACUCAGAGGCCUCGGUGCUCUGCGCGUAACAGCAACGCCGCUCCGCGGCCCCGAUCAGGAAGUGAAUUUGAAGAAAAUAAGCGACUGUGGAGGUAGAAUGACAUAGGGAGCGGGAGGUGGAAGAGAAGCAAGCGGAAAAAGAAGCGACUAACAGAGGGAAGAAUCGACCUGCUUUCUGGACCUGUAUUGGGCUGUUAUCCCGGGAUAUACUGCACACAAAAAAUGCUUAUAAAGGAAUAUCGAGUGAUUCUUCCUAUUUCCGUGGAAGAGUACCAGGUUGGCCAGCUGUACUCUGUGGCUGAGGCCAGUAAGAAUGAGACGGGUGGAGGAGAAGGAGUGGAGGUGCUAAAAAAUGAACCCUAUGAGAAAGAUGGAGAGAAGGGACAGUACACACACAAAAUAUACCAUUUGCAGAGUAAAGUGCCAUCAUUCGUCAGAAUGUUGGCUCCAGCUUCAGCUCUCAAUAUCCACGAGAAAGCCUGGAACGCGUACCCAUACUGUCGCACAGUCAUCACUAAUGAGUAUAUGAAAGAUAACUUCUUGAUCAAGAUUGAGACAUGGCACAAACCUGACAUGGGACACCUUGAAAAUGUACACGGUUUGGAUGCCGAAACCUGGAAGAAAGUGGAUGUAGUCUAUAUUGAUAUUGCAGACAGAAGCCAAGUGGAACCAAAGGACUACAAGCCUGAAGAAGAUCCUUGCAAGUUCAAGUCAGUGAAGACAGGACGAGGACCUCUAGGACCAGACUGGAAGAAGGAACUGCCUAACAAGAAAGACUGCCCACACAUGUGUGCCUACAAGCUGGUCACUGUCAAAUUCAAGUGGUGGGGCCUGCAAAAUAAAGUGGAGAAUUUCAUUCAAAAGCAAGAGAAGCGUUUGUUCACUAAUUUUCACCGCCAGCUGUUCUGCUGGAUUGACAAAUGGAUUGAACUGAACAUGGAAGACAUACGUCGCAUGGAGGAGCAGACACGUAGGGAGCUGGAUGAGAUGAGAGUGAAGGACCCUGUGAAAGGGAUGGUCGCUCUAGAGGACUGAGGCUGUAUUGGACCGUGAAUGCUGCUGCUCAUCAGAUCAGAAUAUCCAGACACCAGCGGAUUCACAUCCUCCUUUUGUCUCAACUGACGCAACAUCCGACCGGCCGGUCCAAAACCCACCUCUUGCAGUCCAAUUUGGUUUCAGGGACCUGGACCCAGUAAACUUCCAGUUUUCAGCUGAUGUUCUCCGUCCUUCCCUCCUCUCACACUCAUCUGUACUUUUGGUUUAUUUUUUUGAUCUAGUGUCCCCAUGUUAAUUGCUCUGAGGCCUCCAGUAGCAAAAUUAUAGAUCUUGUCAGUCAGCCCUCUCUUUCUGUCUAAAUUGUUCUAAACUACAGAGAAUAGUGUCAUUUAUCUCUGCAAUUUAGGAUUUAUUUCUAUUUAGGAUAUCCCAGUAGUGUAUAUAUAAAGUAUAUCGGAGAGUUGAAUAAUUGUACUGAAGUACAUAUAUAUGUGUAUAUACAUACAUAUAUAUAUAUAU